AUGUCGGAGAAUUCAGCUUCAAAUUCAACAAAUUCAGCAGGAGUUACUGCGUCUUGUCCAGUAAACCACUCUUUAUGGCCUUCUAACUUUGCACCCAAAACUUCAAUAGAACCUAAGAAUUCUGUAGCACUUCAAUGUCCUUCAGAUAACCCUAAAAUAUCUUCUGAAUUUUCAAACAUUGGUAAAAAUGAAGGCUGUUCGAGCGACUCCUUAAAUAAUUAUAACAAAUCACUUCAUUCCGAUCAAAAAUCUUCAUUGAAUCAACAUAUUCCACUUGAUACAACGCGUCAGAUAUCUGGUAUUCCACGUGCAUUCCCUGAUAAUGAUAAAAAUAAAUCUAAAGAUAUAAUAGAGAAUUGGAUAUAUCCUUCAGAACAAAUGUUUUUCAAUGCAAUGAAACGUAAAGAUUGGAAUCCUCAAGAAGAAGAUAUGCGAGUUAUUGUACCAAUACAUAAUGCAGUGAAUGAGAAAGCCUGGAAAGAAAUAUUAGAAUGGGAAAAAUUACAUGAAAAUCAAUGUGGUGGACCAAAAUUGGUAAAAUUUCAAGGUAAAGCAAAAAAUAUUACUCCAAAAGCCAGGUUGUUCAAUUUAUUAGGUUAUAAGUUGCCUUUUGAUAGGCAUGAUUGGGUAGUAGACCGAUGUGGUAAACAAGUUACAUAUGUUAUUGAUUUUUAUUCUGGACAACCUGACUCAAGUUCACCACAUUCCCUUUUACCUUGGAUGGAGCGAUUGAUAGAAUCCGAAGAUGGACAUCUUUAUUUAUGGAAAGAAACAAACAAUCUGGAGGGAAAUAAAUACAUUUUUGGUCAAAAGUUAUGA